GUACCUUUUCAGCUUUAACAACACCAUCAUUGAUUAUCCAUCUAUUGAACGACAGCAAUCACAAUUCCAAUCAAUCAGCUUAUCACGUUCAUAAUCACAUCUACACUAUGUUCAGUCCUCAAAGACGUCAAAUCUUGGGCGCAAAAGGACGUUUGAGUCCAAAGAAGCCCGGUCUUGGCACAGAAGAAGCAGCAAAUGUUGGACCAAAACAAUUAUUCAACGAUCUAAAACAGACAUCAUCCAAGAAAGCAUCAACUUCAGCAUCCAUAUUUGGAGGAACAAACAAGUCUCGUGCAUUUGGUGAGAAAACAAACAGAUCUCCUCAACGAUCAAAUGAAGAACAUGACGCGGGAAGUGUACCAGUCAAACCGAGAACCACACAUAGCCCUACCAAGGGAAAAUUGAAGUCCAGCAUUCAACGUUCCGGUUUCGUCACUCCAUCUGCUAACAUUGGCCACGCAGGUGCAUUGCGAAUGCAGAUGGGAGAAUUUUUGGAUGCAAGAGCAGGGAAUGGAAUUCAAUCAGUGGAAAAAAGUGACAGUUCCGUGACUGUAGAUGGAAGAGUCAUGACCGAGGAAGAAUUAUACCCAGAGAUCGAAUAUAUGCCACCUCCUGUUGAAGUCCCUUACGACUUUCCAGCAGAGUUAGAUGGCCUACCGCGUGGAGCAGAGAUGGGGGAUAUGCUUCAAUCAAUCGUUGCAGAAGGUUUUUACAAACCACAAAGACCGGAAUCGAUCGAAAUGCAAAGACGAGAGGAUUUGGAGAAUGUGCCUGAUCCUUCGAUCGACGACUUUGUGGAGAAAACGUGGCCUCAAGUGGAGCAAAGAGGAGUGAAGCCGCUUGAAACGUCAAAGAGGACCGCUUCGUCAUCUCAUGGAACAGGAAAGGCACCAUCAGUCCGCCCAAUUACCCAAGCGAUUCGCAAGCCUUUCACAUCAUCAAGGGAAACCAAAUCAAACACACAAACCACAGGAAGACGAGCACCGGUUGUUACGGAAAAGAAAGCAGUUUCUGUCCAAAAGAAGCCCUUCAGUACCGCCUCAACCACUCCAAGAACCAACCUGGCAUCAAAGAGCACUGGAUCAAGUGCUGUUCCAUCCAAAGUAAAAGCAUUAUCUCUUAAGGAUAAUAAUACCCAAGUACGUCGAGGAAAUGGACCGACAAAGUCAAAGUUGGAUGACUUUGAGAAUGACAAAUUAGCCAAAUCGAUUCAAGCCAAAUUCUUGCGUGCAGAGCAGGAAAAUGGUUUUGAAGGAUUUGAAUUGUAACGACCUUCAUCUGUAUCAUAUUAUAUCUUCAUCUAUUCACAUUAUACCUUUAUCAAGCAUAUUUAAUUCAUUCUUUCAAUAAUUCGAG